CCCACCAACAGGUUCAACUGCCCUGCACCCCGUGACUCUGUUUACCACCAGGAGUUAUUUAUAGGGCGCCUGGCUCUGGGAUUUGAUUCCACAUCCGUGUGUGGGGCACAGCCCUAUUUAUAACCCCCAGGAGCAGGCUCACUGUCCCCAGAGCCCCCCCUGCCCUCCGGGGCUCCCAUGGCCCACGAGACGUUCGCCUUCAGCCCCUCGGCGCUGCGCUCGCUGCGGCUGCAGCGGGAGCUGCUGGAGCGGGACGAUCGCCGCCGGGCGCUGGCCCGGGACUCGGCCGAGCGCCGCCUCCUGCCCGGGACCCCCCGCUUGCCCCCGAGCCCCCCUCGGCGGCGCCAGUUCUGCCGCGACCCCGCCGUGCACAACGCCCUCUACGCCGGGGACCUGCGCCGCGUCCAGAGCAUCUUCAAGGACGAGGCCACCGCGAAUCUGGUGUUGGAGACGGUCAGCGAGGAGCUGGUGUGGUCACCGGAGCAGGGGCUGUGGGUGCUGAGCCCCCGCCGGCAGCACACCUCCGCCCUGCGCAUCGCCGCCGCCCGCGGCUACGAGGACUGCGCCCGGCACCUGCUGCUGCGGGGGGCGGCCGUGGACGCCGUGGUGGGGGGCCGGGCCCCCCUGCACGACAGCGCGGCCGCCCCCCACCCCAACUGCGCCCGCCUGCUCCUGGCCUUCGGCGCCGACCCCAACGUGCUGAGCUCCGACGGCUCGGCCCCGCUGCACCUCUGCACCGCGCCCCACAGCCUCAGGUGUGCGGAGCUGCUGCUGGCACACGGCGCGCAGGUGAACCUGGGCACUCGUGACCGGCAGGUGACAGCCCUGCACGUGGCAGCGCGCCAGGGGCUGGUGGCCCACGUGGAGCUGUACCUGCACCACGGAGCCGACCCCUCCCGGCGCACCCACCAGGGCGAGACCCCCCUGAACGCGGCGGCGGCGGCGGCCGAGCGCCCCGAGGACGCCGAGCGCUUCCUGCGCGUGGCCGAGCGGCUGCUGGCGGCCGGCGCCGAGCCCGGGGCCGCGGGGCGCAAGGGCCACACGCCGCUGCACAACGCCUGUGCCAACGGGCACCCCGCGCUGGCCCGGCUGCUGCUGCGCCACGGCGCCGACGCCACCGUCCCCAACAGCGCCGGGGACACCCCCAUGGACUGCGCCCUGCGCGCCGUGCGCGAGUACCGCCAGCAGCGACCCGAGGAGACCCUGACCCUCCUGCUGGACCACGGCGCCCUCCCCGCGCACCCCAAGAUGCUCAGGCUGUGCUGCCAGCACCCGCCGGCGCUGGAGGUGAUGCUCAACGCCUACGACCGCGUGCCCCCCGCAGACGGCUGGGUGGAGGCUGUGCCCCCCGAGCUCUGGGAGGUAACGGGGUGUCCUGGGGUGUCCCCGUGUCCCCAGCCCAGCCCACUGAGCCCCCGUCCCCCACGCAGGAGCACCAGGAGUUCUAUGCCUCGGCCGUGCGCAUGGCGGGACGGCCGCGGCGGCUGCAGCACCUGGCACGUGUGGCCAUCCGGCGUCACCUGGGCGCCCGCUGCCGCGCCGCUGUCCCCAGGCUGGCACUGCCACCCCCACUGCGCCGCUACCUCCAGCUGCCCAUCGAGGGUCUCAUCUCCUGAGGGCACUCCGUGUGUCCCCACUGGUGUCCCCUCCAUGUCCCCCACCGGUGUCCCCUUGCUGUGUCCCCCACCCGUGCCCUGGUGUCAAUAAAGGACAAGGCAGAGGUGUC